GAUGAGGAAGCAGAUGGAAGGAGCAUAGAGAGAGGUAAAGAGAAACAUGGUGCAUAGCUAAUUACGAGGGAGGGAGGAGGAAUCCCACCCUUACCCUGCUGUUUCAGCUCUGCUGAACCAUUGACAGUAAUCACCCAGCCCCUAAAUGGCUGGUGUGGGGUGGAAUUAAUUCCGCCGUGGCUGUGAGUGUGUGCGUGUGUGUGUGUGCAUUAGUGUGUCCACGUCCACGCGUAUGUGUGUGCAGAUGAAUAAUGCAGCAGGGUGGUAGUGAGCACGUGCGAGGCAGCCCUCUCUCGGGGCUCCUGGGAUGGGAGUGGGCGGAGCCAGCGCAGGGCGGUGCUGCCCGGAGCAGAGGGCUGGUGGGAUGUUAGCGAGAGGAGAGGAGAGGAGAGGAGAGAAGAGGAGGGAGAGGACCGGAUAGUGGGGUGAGGCAGGAGACAGGGGGGACAGGGCAGACAGGAUGAGGUGCAACAGGGUGGACCGGCAGACGCGCUGACAGACAGGAAUGCCCAGCGGACACGGCGCAGCCCAACCAUGACAGCCAUGCUGAGCCCCAAAAUCAGACAGACCAGGAGAGCCAGGUCGAAGAGCAUGGUGAUGGGAGAGAUGUCCCAGGGCUCUGGCCGCCCCUGCUCCCCCGCCCUCCAGGGGGGAGCGCUCAAGGCCGGCUGGCUCAAGAAGCAGCGGAGCAUCAUGAGGAACUGGCAGCUCCGCUGGUUCGUCCUGCGAUCUGACCAGCUCUACUUCUACAAGGACGAGGAGGAGACCAAGCCGCAGGGAUGCAUCCCCCUUCACGGCAGCCAGGUGAACGAACUGACUGCCAAUCCAGAAGAGCCAGGACGUCACCUCUUUGAGAUAGUUCCAGGUGGGGUUGGGGAGAAGGACCGAGCGGCCAUCAGUCAUGAAGCCUUCCUGCUCAUGGCCAACUCUCAGACCGACAUGGACGACUGGGUCAAAGCCAUUCGUCGUGUCAUCUGGUCUCCCUUCGGAGGAGGGAUAUUCGGCCAGCGGCUGGAGGACACUGUACAGUACGAGAAGAAGUUUGGCCAUCGGCUGGCUCCACUGCUGGUGGAACAGUGCGUGGACUUCAUAAGGGAACAGGGUCUGAAUGAAGAGGGCCUCUUUCGGAUGCCCGGACAAGCCAACCUCGUUAAAGAGCUACAGGACGCCUUUGAUUGCGGGGACAAACCUCUUUUUGACAGCAACACAGAUGUCCACACGGUGGCGUCCCUCCUGAAGCUGUACCUCCGCGAGCUUCCGGAGCCGGUCGUCCCCUUCGCCAAGUACCAGGACUUUCUCACCUGUGCUCAGCUGCUUGGCAAGGAUGAGGAAGAGGGAAUGCAGGAGCUGACAAAACAAGUGAAAACUCUUCCUCAGGCCAAUUAUAACCUUCUGAAAUACAUAUGCAAAUUCCUCGAUGAAGUUCAAUCUCAUGCAAAUGAAAAUAAAAUGAGCGUCCAGAACUUAGCCACAGUGUUUGGACCAAAUAUCCUACGUCCUAAAAUGGAGGACCCAGUGACCAUAAUGGAAGGAACAUCUAUGGUGCAGCACCUUAUGACUGUCCUGAUCAGUGAACAUACCCGGCUGUUUGUUUGCCGGGACAGGGAGGACCCAGUGGUACAGCUGGAGGUCAGGGUACAGGGUCAGCACAGCACAGUGGGGUGGAUCUCUGAAGAAGACCUCCACGGAUACCCUACGACAGAGAGGGGCGCCAACUCGGCCGAUGACCUGAAUGGAAGCUCCUCCUCUUUGGAUAUUGUUGCCUCCAGGCUGGUUCCUCAGGGAAAAGGGGAGGGGGAAUCAGAGGGGUCCAGCCCAGCAGUGGGAACAGGGGUGGUCAGCCCCAGCAAGCAGGUGAAGUCUCUCCCCACCUGGAAAUACUCCUUCAAGGGCUCGGGCUCACGUCCCAACCCAGCUAAAGUGGGACUGGGUGGCUCCUCCGUGGACGUCUCCAGCCUGUCGGGGGGAAACUGGCUGUUGAAUGGACUGUCCUCCUUGAGGGGACACCGCCGUACCUCCUCAGGGGAGCGGGUCAGAGACUCAGGGUCAUCCCAGAGACUGUCCACUUACGACAAUGUGACCUCAUCCAGCCUGAGCGUGCCCAGUGUGGCCAGCGCCCCCUGGUCCACCUCCUCCUGUGACAUCUCCGUGCCGGAUUCGACCAGCGAACUCUCGGGUUCCUCGGACUGCGGGAAGGGGGAGUGGCCGGAGUCCGAGGGGGAUCGGGGCGGAGCCGAAGAGAGGGCAUCGGAGACAGGGGACAGUAGCGAGGCGGGGCUGGAGCUCCGUGUCCCCUGUGGAGGACACAGCGAGAGCAGGGACGUGACCUCCGACCCUGCCAUGCCUCAUGCCACUGACGAUGGCCACUCAAAAGCACUUACCGAACUGGUGGAGGAACUGAGGGAAGAGCUGAGGAUGCAGAAGCUAACCUACGAGACCCGGAUUAGAAAGCUGGAGGAGUCAAGUGCAGCCCUGUGUGUCCAGAUGGAGAAGCUGGAGCACGAGAUGGACCAGGAGAGGAAGAAGCAGAGGAUGCUGGAGAUCAAGCUGCGGAACUCGGAGCGCGCUCGGGAGGACGCGGAGAACCGGAACCGCGUCCUGCAGGAGGAGAUGGAGCAGUUCUUCUCCACACUGGGGGACCUGACUCUGGGUGCACGGACCAGCAACAUAUGAAAUCCACACUGACAAAAAUGCCCUUACAAAAAAGUUGUACAUGUAAAAGACAGUAGAAUUAAUUUUUAUUUAAUUGUUGCCAAUUUAAUAUAUGUAAUGUGAGUAUAUACAUAUAUUGUGGAAUAAAUGAAAAAAGAAUAUGCUUUGUAAGUUCUGUUCUACAGAAUAUGUUUUGUAUUGCAAAUAGGAAAUUGGCAAUGUUUUAUAUUCAACCUUAUGGCCUGGUGUAUAUAUAUAUAUAUAUAUAUAUAUAUAUAUAUACGGUGAGUGUCAUAAUGUUUGGGACAAAGACAUAUUUCUUCAUGGUUUGGCAUUGCACUCCACAAUGGUGUCUGAAAUGGGGGACUGUGUAUAAAAAGUGCUGUCAUUUCUACAUGGUGAAACAAAAUGUUUAAAAAUACCCUUUAAUAAAAGCUGAGAAUCUGCGCAUUUAUACAUGCUAAUUGUUUGAUUACAAAUAUAAAAUUGCAGAGUACAGAGUUAAAUUUUUUAAAAAGAAUGUCUUUGUCUCAAACAUUAUGGGUUAUACGUGUGUACACACACACACACACACACACCCACGCUUUUGUCUGUGAGUGUGUGUGUGUGUGACUUUUUUAAUAGGGCUAUAGCAUGUUCAUUAUGGACUGACUGCCUUGUCAUUGUUACUCUUGAUACUGUAAGGAAUUCCAUGCUGUUUUGUCACAGCACCUCGGUCUUUGGUUUACAUCUGCUCCAAAGCUGUAGACCUCUGGUACGACUUUAAUUGUUUUGUUUCUUUUUUUACCUUAAAAGUAAUGUUGUGGAUUUGGAUAUUUAUUGCAAAUAAAUUGUUGGCAUCAUAUGGCUUUCAUAUUAUGCCUAAAUUACCAGAUAAUACCAAAGCAUGAUUCUACUGCAUCUGACCAGAACAGCAGUCAUAAUUCAUUUUUAUACAUAGAACUGACCACGAGUGGCUUUUUGUUUAAACACAUAGACAGACUGACAGACACAGCCAUUCUCAAAUUCCGACUCUCCUCAUUCAGCCCAUCUCUCUCUCUCUCUCGACCCACACACACACACAAACACACAUAACGGAAGCAGUGUCUUGCCAUAAUAGUGCCUUUAAAGGAUUAUUGCAUGUGGAACAGAACAGGUUGUGUGAUUGGAAUAGAAAUGGUUAUCAGUCAGGAAAUCAUGUUCGAUAUAUAUACAUUUACCACCUUCUCACCUUAGCUCUGGAUAUCUUGCAUUUCACACUCAAAAUUACCAAAUCAUGCUAAUAUGUGGGGUAUUGUAAUUAAAAAUAUUUAUUUUCAGUUUACGUCAAUAUCUGUCAUAUAUUAAAGUAUUCUAUCAGAAAUUUCUUCCUUCCAUCAAAGUACCGUUUUUUUAAGCAUAUUUUGUGGAAGUGUAUGUUUCUUUUUUGUUUGUUUUUUUACUGUAUAUGUAAAACCAAGAACAGUUUUUCAACAAUUACAAAUGUUGGCCUAUUUAUUCUAAAUAUGAAAGGUAUUGUGAUGUGUGCUAUGAGAAUGAAAUGGUUUUUCACACGUAUCAUCCCAAUAAGAGUGGAGUGUCAAAUUGAUUGUCUAAUGAAGCAUACAAUUGUGGAACUGUGGUCAUCUUUAUUUUUCUCAUUUGGAAUGAGAUAUUGUAUUUCACUACACAUUUAGACAGUUGUAUGAGUCAUGACACAAAUUACAGUGUUUCCAAAUCAGAACCAGAAUCAGGAUUCCUUUAGUAUUUGGGAAAAUGUGACACGAAAGCAGAUUAGAUGGUGAUGGAAAUGAUCCUUUUCAUCACAUCAAGUUGUUUGCUUCCACCUGCUUCCAGGGGUGGUUUUGGCUUCAAAUUCUGAUUGCCAAAAACUGCCACAGGGCAUGUGCU